AUGAAUGAAAAUAAUAAAGAAACUUUUAUAACAACAUUACCAAAUGUUAAACAAAUCAUAUCAUUUACUUCAACUGAUGAUGAUGAUGAUAUGAAUAUUGAUGCUAAAUCAUCAAGUGAUUCAGAUGAUGCAUCAAUAACAAAUGAUGAAAUUUCAAAUAAAAAAGAACAUCAAGACACAUCAUCAAUUUCAAUAACUAAUGUUGAAAGUUUUGAUGGUAUUGCAAACAACAUACUCAUUAAUGAACCAUCAUCAUCAUCAUCAAUUAUUGAUGAUCAAACACAAGUAACUAUCCCAAAAGCAGUUUAUGAUUAUGCUGCAGUAGUUCGACAAGCAUUGGAAACUCCUCGUCAAAGUAAACUAGAUCAUGAUGUUGCAACUGUACUCGGUUCAAGUGAUCCACCACCAGGUUUUGGUUUUCUACAGCCUCAAUUUUAUUAUCUUGAACAAACUCGACCUGUUCCAUUAGAACCACUUCGAGUUUGGCGAGGGUAUAACGGACACGUUUAUUUUUCACCAAUUCAAGUGCGUCAAUUUGAAAACCAACGAUUUAUUUCACCAAGAAAUUCUCCAAAUUCGACGGGUAUUGAAAGUAUUCCAUUAAUAAGAAGAACUAUUACAAACACAAAUUAUAAUAUCAUAGAACGAAAUUUUAACGAACGUUCGUUAACAAAGAAAAAAACACAAGUAGGAACAAAUUUCAAUGUCAAAUCAAUAACUAGUAGUGAAUUACAAUAUCCUACAUCAGUGACAUUUAUUGAUAAAGAAGAUUUUAAACAAGAAUCAACUAAAAUGUGGCAAUCAGUUGUUACUUGCGCACAUGUCCAAGCGAAACCAAUUUCGAAACGAAGCCGACACGCUAUGGAAGAUUUACAAGCUUUACAACAAGAACAAUCAGUACAAGAUCCGACAGGUUAUAAUCGACAAGUUUUGCCAAAUAUUCGACCUGUACCGAAAUCAAAAUUCGUUUAUAAAGGUUUAGCAUAUAAAGAAAGUCAAAAAUUGCCCGGUAUUGGAAAUGGUCAUGAUAAUGAUGGCAAUGCAUUACAAAAGCCAUUAAUUUCUUAUAAUCUUGCUCAAGCUUAUGCUCGAUAUGAAAUAAAUGCUGCACGAGUAAAACAAGGCAUUCGACAGCCACCUCCAACUGCAGCCACUGCUGCUAUUUUAAAAGAGCAACAAUCUCCAUUACAAACAUCAUUUGAUUUGCGUGAAAUGAGAAAACGCAUUGUAAGAGGUACAACUCUUGCCUAUCGACCUCCACCACAAUCAGUUGCAUGGACACCAGGUCGAGCUGAUCAUAGAUCAACAUUAGGUUCUGAGGUACUUGUACCUAUACGAAGUUUAAACACAUUGAAUAAUGCACCAUUAUCACCUAGUGUAUUUCGUCGUCCAUCAACAUCAAAAUCUUCUAUUCCACAAAAACAAACAACUGUUGAAAUGUCAAUUUUAACUAAAAAUAUCAAUCAACCACGAAGUUCUUCACGUUUUACGACUGCGUCAGAAAUGUUUGCUGCUGCAUCAUAA